CGCUCUGCACCAAGUACCGCUAGAGCUUUAGGACCAGCGCGAGCAACAGGUGCAUUUCCCUACCAAUCUCUCUUUUAGUUUUAUGGCCUGGAAUAUCUAAAAAUCGACUCAAAAUGACUGCACAGUGUAUGGGCAACUUUGGUGCUCAUAAAUGGCGCUAUCCUGAGUUUAUGGCAGACCGAUAUGGCCGUUCAAAUGGAUCUGUGGAUCCCGAAAGUCGACAUAAACAAUAUGAUGCAGGGGUAAGCGACCAGACAGUGUGGGUCAACAAGCGGUACAUCCCUACCGAUCUCCGCAGCACUGCCCCGGUACCUCGCCGCAAGCUACUGGCUUCAGCCCGCCUGCCUCACGUGGAGAGGGAUUGGGUGCCACUGGGAGAGGCUUCUUGCAGACAAAUCUCAAGAGCCAUGGAAGAGAGACAGCUCUACGUUUCACAACCUAGUACCAGGUCGGAAGAUUGGUCUACUCUGAGACAAAUACUCCCCUCAAAAGGACUACCACUAAGGGAUAGCCCACCAAACUGGGGUACAGGCAAUGCAUAUGCACCUCCUAUGCUUGGAGCAAGACAAAGACGGUUCCCUCACAUAAACAGUCCGAUGACAAGAUAUACGGAUAACAUGCAUACAACACACAAACUUUUCAAGCUUCAUUAAGUUGCCAGAGCACCAUCCAAAAGAGCUGUAUCUCGAGAUAUUUCCAGGCUCUUCUCAAGAAAGUCUUUCCAUGAGAGGCCAGUGUAAUAUUGUCUGCAAUAGAAGGGAAAGACCUGUCUUGAAGAAGCAUUUGUAGAAUUGAUGCCAUUGUGACUAACUGAACUUUUUUUUACCAAGCCUUGUCAACUUUUUACUUUCAAGACCGGUAUAACAUUUCUUCCACGACAGAACAAAGACAUUGAUAAAUGAAAAGCUGUCAGAAUUUAAAAGCUGUAUCAGAACAAAAUUUUUGAGUGAAGUAAAAAUUUACUUUAGUAUCCAAAAGUGAUAAAUAAGAGAACAAAGCCAUGUUUAAAAUUAGUCAUUACACAAGUAUUUUGAUAUCUAAAACACAUUUUGGUUGUACAUAAUUGUUUAGCAGUGAUCAUUCUGUAAUUUCAAGGUAUGAUAACUUUAAAAGAUUAUAUUGUUUAUUUUAUGAACAAAAAAUUAGUAUAUAUUGUUUAUCUUGAAAAAUAUACAAAUGAUGUGUGUAUUGAUGGUUGGAGGGGCUUGAUAAAGCUAUACGAUGCAAUUUACAGCCUAGUGGCUUGUUAAUUGCUGGUAGUAAUUAUAACAUGCAUUAAGCCUGAAAAUAUGCAUACUUUAAAUGGCUUAAUCUGUUCUCAGUGCAAAAUGAAUUCCAUUUGUUUUACUUGGCAAUAUAGGAACAGAACUGGAUUUUAUUAGUAAAAAGCUGGCUGUGCAAAUUAUCAUUCCGUCCAUACAUGAUUGAUAUCGUGUGUAGUGUGAUUUAACAGUAUUAUUGGUUAUUUAUGUAUAGUAAUCUAUGCAGUUUAUAUGCAAGCUUUGUGUUAUUAACUUUUGAAGGACAUAUGUACAUUGUUUUUUAGAAGCAUUCUUUUCUUAGAAAGGAACAACAUAGAAUCUUUUAAUUUUGUUUACUUAAGCAUGAUCAAAGAGGCAUAAUUCUCAUUUUGGUAAAAAAAAAAUUAAAAUGCAAGAAUAACGUUUCAAUAAUUAUGAUAUAAUGUGGAGGUGUCGUGAAUGUCUUUUGGCAAGAUAUUAAUCUACAUUUGCCACACUUUAUUAAUUAAUUCCUUGACGUGCUAAAUAAUGCCAUAAUGGCAGCCAUGCUAAAGCCGGAGUAAUAAUUGUCGAGUGCCAGGAGUGUCAAGUCUAACAUGAGCGCUAUACAAAAAGUGACUGUCCAUGUUCAUCAGAAAUAUGAUCCAGAUUUUUCAUUUUAUGUAAUCUGAGAAAUUUACAUUACAUUCAUCAAAAUUACCACCUUUAAGUUAGGUGUAUGUUUCAGGAUUUCUGAAUAUUCUAAAAAAUUUCUUUUUACAAGUUGGAAUGUGAGAGUUGAUUUAUCUUGAGCAACUUUCUUUCAAGAUUAGUCAAAGCAUGUUUAUACAAAUAACUCCACUCCCUUGCAAUUAAUUGACUAGCUAUGCAAUUCAUUUUUAUUGACAUUUUUAUAUUGUGUGUGCAUUUGUAAACUUUUAUUUUCAGUCCAUUCUUUUUCAUUUUCAUUUAAUUUUUUUAAAUGGUUAUUGCACAUUUGCACACUGUACAGCAAUUGAUCUUUUUUCUAAGAAGUUUUUAUCUUGUCCCAUCGUUUUGUCUUGCCAAGUUACACCAUUGUACUUUAUCAACUUGGUUGUUUUUGUGUGUGCCAUUACAUGAUCAUAGAAUUAGACAAUUAACCCUAAAACAAAAAUCAACUUGUUAAAGGGCAUACAGCACCUCUAACAUAAAACUUCAAAUAAUAAAUUUAAUGAGACAAGUUUUUGUUAUAUAUAAAAAAAUAUCAAGAGAUGAACACUCACCAAAAUAAAUGUUCUUAUGACACAAAGCUUUGUGUGAGAGUGGUCUCCUUAAAAUGUUCAUAUCAAUGUAUUAGCAAUUCAUCAUCUGCCUACAUGAAGGUUGUUAGUGCUUUGACAAUACAAAGCUCUUACAUCCUUCUUAUUGGCAGACAAUGAAUCACGUCAACUGCCUUUUGUCUUCUUUUUUCCCCCCAAAAAACAAGAAAAAUCAAGAAUCAAAGAAAAAAAAA